AUGUCCCGUUUCUUUGUGUCUGGCUAUAACUCAGAUUCAACCUCUGAAGAAGAGGAUUUAUUGACUUCUGAUGAAGAAGAAUUACUUUCUUCUUCUCAAGAAGAAGAUAAUGAUGAAUCCAGUGAUUCAGAAUUUGGUAAUGAUUCUGAUGAUUCUGAUUCUGAUGAUUCUGAUUCUGAUGUUCGUCCUACUGGUCCAGCUUAUUUCUUAAAGAAGAGCUUUUUAAAAGGAUCUCGUGAUGAUGAUUCUGAUUCCGAUUCGGAUGAAGGUAAAAGAGUGGUUAAAUCUGCUAAAGAUAAAUUAUUAGAUGAUAUGGAAGAAUCGAUUGAAACUAUUAAUGUUAAUAAAAGAACCAACAAUUGGACUGUGGUAUUGAAUGAAAUUGAUAAAUUACAACGUUAUGUGGUUAGAACUAAACAACAAAGUAUUGCUAUUCCAAACUUUUAUAUUAAAUGUUUAGCAAGUUUAGAAGAAUAUAUGAAUGAAACCAAUGAAAAUGAAAAAUCAGAAAAAUCCUUAAAUGCUACUGAAUCAAAAUCUUUUAAUGCUGCUAGAAUAAAACUUAGAAAACAAAUUAAAGAUGUUCAAACCAGAUAUGAUUUCUAUCGUGAACAACCAGAUUUAUUUGAAAGAGAAGAAUCAGUUGAUAUUAUUCCUUCUAAUGGUAAUGAACAAAGUGCUGAGUAUACUGCAGUGGGUGGAAGAGCCAUGGGUCCUGUGUUUGCUGCUUUAAAACAAAUUAUUGAAUCAAGAGGUAAGAAAAAUAUUGAUAAAUUUGAACAAAUUCAAACUUUAGAUCAAUUAUUAAGUACUAAUUUAGAAAAAGGUAGUGCUUUUGAAUUAAUCGCUAUAUAUCAAAUCUUAUUAUCCAUUAGAUUUGAUGCUUCUGCUAAUCAAAAUUUCAUGCCUGUUGAUGAAUGGAAAAAGAAUGAAGAUGAUCUUAAUGCUUUAUUAGAUGUUUUAUAUGCUAAUAUUGAUAAAUAUCAAUUAUCAGAAUUAGGUUCUACUACUGAUGAAAUUGAUAUUGAACCUGAAGCCAGAGCUGAUGGGGUUAAAGUUAUCUUUGGUUCCGUCACUUCUUUAAUUGAUAGAUUAGAUGAUGAAUUCACUAGAUCUUUACAAAAUACUGAUCCUCAUUCUAUUGAAUACGUUGAAAGAUUAAAGGAUGAAUCAAGUAUUUACAAAUUAAUCGUCAGAGGUCAAUCAUAUAUUGAAUUAAUUACUCCAGAAGAUAUUAGACCAUCAUCUGAACAACUUGCUAGAAUCACUUUAAGAAGAUUAGAACAUAUCUAUUAUAAACCAAAUCAAUUAAUUACUGCCAAUGAAGCUGAAGCUUGGAAAGGUAUUGAUAUUGAUUCAGCCCUUGUUUCAAAGAAUGCUACUCCAAAUGAACUUAUUGAAGGUAUAAAUACUUUCUUACAUAACCAUUCCAAUUCAAUUUAUGGUAAACAUAGUUUAUUAAAUACUAUUUACUAUUAUGCUGUUAAUAAUCAAUAUAAUCAAGCUAGAGAAUUAUUUUUAUCAUCUCAAUUAUAUGGAUCAAUUAAUCAUGCUGAAUCUACUUUACAAGUUCAAUAUAAUAGAGCUAUUGUUCAAUUAGGUUUAAGUGCCUUUAGAUCAGGAGCUAUUGAAGAAUCUCAUAAAAUUUUAAAUGAAAUUGUUAAUUCUCAAAGAUCAAAAGAAUUAUUAGGUCAAGGUUUUAAUUCAAAAUAUCCAAAUCAAGCCACUACUGCUGAAAGACAAAAAUUAUUACCAUUCCAUCAACAUAUUAAUUUAGAAUUAUUGGAAUGUGUUUAUAUGACCAGUUCAUUAUUAAUUGAAAUCCCAGCUUUAGCCCAAGCUUCUAAUUCUGCUAAAGAUUCUAAACGUAAAGCUUCUAUUAAAUCAUUCAAAUCCAAAUUAGAAUUCCAUGAUAGACAAUUUUUCACUGGUCCACCAGAAAGUAUUAAAGAUCAUAUAGUUCAUGCAUCUAUAGCAUUACAAAAGGGAGAUUGGUCAAAAGCAUAUCAAUUAUUAUCUGGUAUUAAGAUUUGGAAAUUAUUCCCUGAUAAUGAUGAAUUAUUAGCUAUGUUAAAGAGUCAAUUACAAGUUGAAGGUUUAAGAACUUAUAUUUUCACUUAUAAAGCUGUUUAUACUAAAUUAUCCAUUGCUAAAUUAUCUAAAGUUUUUAAUCUUGUUAAUGAAAAGAUUUAUGAAAUUUUAGAAAAAAUGAUUGAAUCAAAUGAAAUUGGGGGUAGUUUUGAUGAAACUAAAAUAUUUAUUAACUUUACUAGUAAUGAACCUCAAAGAUCAAGAUUACAAGAAUUAGCUAUUGUUAUGAAUGAAAAAGUUGGUUUAUUAACUGAAAAGAAUGAAAAGACUGCUUCAAAUGGUUAUGGUAAGAAACAAAACCAACCACAAGGUCAACAACAACAAGGCCAACAACAAGGUCAACAAAAUCAAAGAGAAUCCGAAGAAAACAAUAGAUUCAGGUACGCCAACGUUAAUUCUAACAAUGAUGAAUUCCAAGCCGCCGUUUAA